AUGCCGCUGUUAUCCUGGGGUCCCCUUUUUCUCAACCAUCGGGAUGGGCAUGUCCUGAUCGUUUUGUUGAUCUCACAUGCCCCUAGCGUUGCGCCUUCUCCUAUAGCCUCUGGAAUGGCUCACCUAACCCGAGAGGAGCUCGAGACUAUCGAGCAAAACCCUCUCGACAAUUCGCUCAGUGCCGUUUCGGGACGAUGCAUCAGCCAGUUCAAAUCUGUUGCCGAACUCCUUGAAGGCCUCUGUGAUGCCAUCAAAGUGCACCGAUCACUCUACAUGGAUGGGAAGAUUCUGCACCGAGACAUCUCGGAAAACAACAUCAUCAUCACCGACCCGGAAACAGCCAACGGCUUCAGGGGCAUGCUCAUCGAUUUGGACCUUGCCAAGGAAGAAGGCGCGGGCCCGAGCGGGGCCCGCCAUCGGACUGGUACGAUGGAAUUCAUGGCGAUUGAAGUGCUUCUUGGAAUAUCGCACACGUAUCGUCACGACCUUGAGGCCUUUUUCUAUGUCCUCAUCUGGCUAUGCGCCCGUCGAGGUUGGGCAUUAGUUGGACCUUCAAGAAAGGUGGUGACCAAGUCUAUCCUUUCGCAUUGGUAUACUGGAACAUAUAAGGACAUCGCACGAAAUAAGCUUGGCGAUAUGAUUAAGGCCGAAGACAAAGGGUUUGGACUGGUGUUGAAGGACUUCCCGUCAGAGUUUGACUGCGUCAAGCCGCUUUGCAGGGAGUUACGGCGAAUCCUAUUUCCUAUAUACGACGGUGACCUGUUCACUGGCACACCACAGGAGCCCAAGGUACUAUAUGACCCAAUCAUCAAAGCAUUUGAAGAUGUUUUGGCAGAUAUUUGGCAAAGAGACAGACAGAGACAUGACGGCGACUCGUGA